CUCGACUUCCUGUUCGCUUGUAGUCUGCUAAGUGACAGUGUCUCGUUAAGGACUCGAUAUUGUGUUAUUAAAGGAUACAAUGUGUGAAACGAGUGCACGUAUGGACGGGAAGGUGGUCAUCAUAACCGGUGGCAGCACUGGCAUGGGCUAUGAAGCUGCAAAAGUUAUAGCUAAAAAAGGAGCAAAGGUCAUCAUCGCUAGCCGAAAUGAGGCGAAAUUAAUAAAAGCAAGAAAUCGUAUAGAACAGAUCACCGGUAACAAGAACGUUUCAUACAAACUUUUAGAUCUAGCAUCACUUGAUUCUGUCAGAAGUUUUGCCAACGAUACUUUGAAUAUGGAGGAGCGAGUUGACGUACUUAUCAAUAAUGCGGGUGCUGUAGGACUUCCUGAUAAACUGACAGCAGAUGGACUUAAUCUCACGAUGCAAGUUAAUUAUUUUGGUGCAUUUUUACUUACGUAUCUAUUGCUGCCCUUGUUAAAGAGCUCGGCUCCUAGUCGAAUAAUCAACACUUCGGCCUCGUCAAUGUACAUCGGACACAUUGAUUUCGAUCAUUGGAACGACGUUGAAUACUACACAUCGGUGGAAGUUUUGGCGAAUUCAAAAUUAGCUAUGACGUUGUUUACGGCCGAAUUAGAUGAACGUUUUAGAAAUUCAGAUAUAACAGCGAAUACAAUUGAUCCUUUUCUAGUUCGAGAUACAAAUGUGUUAAAUAAUCUUCCAAGUUUAACGAAGAAUAUAUCUCAAUUAUUUCUAAACGUUGUCGGUCAACCUAAAGAGGAUGUCGGGAAGCAAAUAGCGAUAUUAGCCGCUGAUCCUUCGCUAGAGACAGUUAGUGGGAAACAUUUUAAGUUCUGUCAAAAGUGGAUUAAUCACUGGUUAGUAAGUGAUCGAAAAUUAACUAAAGAGUUGUGGGACCAAUCAAAAAUUGCGGUAAAGUUAUCAUCUGAUGAAGAUUGGGAGGCGUAUGACUAUUGAUUGUGGUGUAUUUCUAGUUUUAUAUGGUUUUGAGUAAAUUAUAUUCACAUUAUAAAUAAUAAA